CCCCCAAGUAAUUAACUUAACCGGGGUAUCGAACCGCGCUUGCAUCGCGUCACGCUUCCAGGUUCAACACCGGCAGUUCUAGCAACUUUUCGGUCAUUGACUUCUUCCGCUUCGGACUUCACGAACCCUCCAGUGCCCUCUCGGAUUCUAGAAUUUCCAAUCCAAUAUGUCCACAGACGACGCUUGGUCGGCGCCGGCCAACGAUGCGCUGCUGCUGUCGCUCGUAACGCCAUCGCCGGCGGGCAUCAAAACGGUCGCGCACACUUUCCACCCGAAAUUCACAUACCCUAUCUUUGGCGACAGCGAGGAGAUCUUCGGCUACAAGGGCCUCGAAAUCAGUCUCCAGUACAAUGCAACCGAUAUGCGACCGAAUCUCUCUGUCAAAUACAGCAAGAAGUUCCCUGCUGUCGCGGACGUGGAGGCGGCAGACAUCAAUGGGACCUUGCGCGAGUUUCUUCCCGAUGUUGCCUUCCAGAAGAAGAGCGAUUUCGAGGCCGCGAUCAAGAACGUCCCGGCAGACUGGACCCCGCCGGGCGAGCUGGUUACGACGUUCAGCACCCAUGGCAGCACCUUUGAGGUCAGGAAAGCGAACCUGGGCGAGCCCGCCGUGAAGCAGCUAGUCAAGCGCAUCCAGAUCCUGGUGUUGCUCUUCAUCGAGGGUGGGAGCGCUAUUGAUGUGGAUGAUUCCGAUGCCGACCGGUGGACGAUCUUCUUGCUCUACCAAAAGCAAACAUCCAACGGGGAGAUUGCCAGCUCGCCUUAUACCUUCGUCGGUUACUCUACGGUAUACCGCUUCUUUCACUUGCAGCUGCCUUCCCCUCCCGUCUCUCCAUCAGAGAGCGAUUUGGAAAAGCAGACUCUCGCUCAAGACUUCGACCUGUCUCUACUUCCCUGCCGCAGCAGGUUAUCCCAGUUCCUCAUCCUCCCGCCAUUCCAACAAAAGGGGCUGGGGCCGAAACUAUACAGCAUCAUUUUCCAGGAAUACAUCAAGCACCCUCAGACGGUUGAGAUCACGGUCGAGGACCCCAAUGAAGCCUUUGACGAUAUGCGCGACAUCGUAGAUCUCCAAUACCUGCGGACAAUGCCAGAGUUCCAGGCGCUACGCAUCAACACGGACGUCACCAUUCCCAAGAUAGGGCCCGCACCAAAGGACAUCAUCGAUAAGGCGGCGUAUGACGCGGUGCGAGCCAAAGCCAAGAUGGCCCCACGUCAGUUUGCGCGGGUUCUCGAGAUGGAUCUCAUGUCCAGGCUGCCCGAGCCCGUCAGACCGGGAAUAGUGCCGGAUGAGUCCGCGCGCGAGGCGACGGCGGAGCAGAAACACGAAUACCAACUCUGGAGGCUCAUGCUGAAGAAGAGGAUAUACAGUAUGAAUAAAGAUGCGCUCGGCGAGCUCGAGAUCCCCGAGCGUAUUGCGAAGCUUAACCAGACGGUCAUGAGCGUCGAGUACGACUACGCGCGUCUUCUGCUCAAAGCCGAGGAUCACCAGCAGAGGAACCAGGUCGACGAGCAGCAACAGAAGAACGGGACUGCUGCCAAUGGCGCGGCUAACGGCAAACGCAAGGCGGCGGUUGAGGACGGGGACCAGGCAGUCAGUAAGAAAGCGAGGGUUGAGGACGAGUGAGGAGGGAUUGCGAGCCGUCGGUGAGCCUGUUGCUUGUGGUCGCCUUGCCUCGGGGACGGGAGGGCUGCAUGAGCUUUUGUGUAUGCGUAUGCGUGGCGUGUAUUCUUAUCCGGUUUGUGUACACUACGGCGUCCAGUGUGCCAGCAUUUCUUUCUAAGUUCCACUGAAUAG